AUGAGUGUGUGCAAUAAUCCUGUUCCAAGUGCAAUGCGUCAUACCAUUAUCAGUGAAACAGAUGACAUGAGAACAGCGACAGAAAAUUUCUCAAAGGAAUCGAAGCUUAUAAGGCAUCCUGAAAGUGUUGCGGAAUGCAAACCUAGUGACAAAAGAGUUGAAGGUACCCGUACUCCCGUCCAAACCACAAAUACUGUCGCGAAUAUUCAAUUUCUAACUGGAGAUAACAUCGAAGGACUGAGCAAUAUUUUGUAA